AUGCCACAAGACCAAGAAAACAAUAGCCCCGAAGGGAAGGUCUCGGAGAACAGCAACGGGGGACGGCCCAGCUGCUUCAAGAGCACAUUUCAGGAAGUGCUAUUUGUCUUGACUGCCACCAUGGCUAUAGGCCAACAGACGUUCUUCCAGGGCUGCAUCGUCGGAUUGACUGCCUCAAUUGGCAGCGAUUUGAACAUGAACCAGGCCGAGAUUACCUGGAUCAACGCCGGUGCUUCCCUCACUAGUGGUGCCUUCCUCCUGACUUUUGGAAACCUCGCCGACAUGUUUGGUCGCAGACCACUGUUCAUCAUUGGCAUGGCUGGCUUUGCGGUCUCAAUGUUGAUCGCUGGCUUUGCAACAAACGCCAUCUAUAUGGAUGUAUUUUCCGGGGUUUUAGGCUUAUUCGCUGCAGCUGUUGUUCCACCAGCCGUUGGGACACUGGGCUCGGUAUACGACAAACCCUCAAAGCGCAAGAAUUGGGCUUUUGCCUGCUUCAGCGCCGGUAAUCCGUUGGGGUUUGUCGGUGGUAUGAUCAUCUCGGGCGUCGCAUCUCACUUUUAUAACUGGCGUGCCUCGUUCUGGGCCCACGCCGUUGUAUAUGCUAUAUUCACGAUUCUUACCGUGUGGACUGUGCCCGGGGGUGAAUUUACCAGAAAGCCUUUGAGCAAAGAGGCAAUGGGUAAAUUUGAUCUUUGGGGGACAGUGCUCAUCGUUGUUGGGUUUGCGUUGUUCUCGAGCUCACUCUCCCUUGCUGGUGAUGCUCCUCGUGGCUGGAAAACGAACUAUGUCCUUAUUCUUUUUAUCGGGGGGCUUUUCUUUCUUGUCGCAUUUGUAUACUGGCAGUCAAUUGCGAAGACCCCUUUGAUGCCUCUCUGGAUGUGGAAAGACCGCACCUUUUCCCUCCUUAUGGCAACAUUCUGUCUCGGUGUCAUGGGAUUCUCUGCCGUUCUCUUUUAUCUCUCUCUCUACCUUCAGAAGGUUAAACACCUGACUGCUCUUGAGAUCACCCUCAGGCUACUUCCCAUGGUUGUUGGCGGCGUGAUCUUCAAUUUAAUCUGUGGUCUGCUCCUACAUCGCGUCAGCAGUACGUUUCUUAUUGGGAUUGGAGCGCUAGGAUACACGGGAUCCUUCUUGAUACUGAGUUUCAUGGAGGAGGACGCCACAUACUGGGCAUACAUUUUCCCAGCGCUGAUUCUCAUUGUGGCUGGAUCUGACAUACAAUACAAUGUCACAAACAUGUACGUGAUGUCCACCCUUCCGCCAACGCAACAAUCUAUUGCCGGUGGAAUCUUGAACACCGUGAACAAACUAUGCUGCAAUCUGGGUGUUGGCAUAGCCACUUCUAUCAGUUCUUCCAUUUCAAAUAAAACGACGAGCUCCUCUCCUGCUAUCGACCCAUAUUUAGCGGUUUAUUGGUUUGCGGCGGCGGCUGCAGGAGCUUCUCUGUUCAUCGUGCCAUUCUUAAGGCUCGAUACACAAGGAAGCGCCACGCUUCAGAGUGAUCGAGAUGAUCAAUUGGAUACUGAUGACGAAAAGGCUGGUGGGAAUAUCAUGACGGCCGGCCCCGCAAAACCUCCAGACAUACGCGCUGCGGACUCCGUGAGUUCUCCUACUUUAGGGAGCACUAUGGCUGUAAAGGAUUAG